CAGCCAUCUGUUCUCAGUCUAGAGGCAAGACUGCGCGUUCGCGAAUGAUCGGAGCGCACAUUUCUGCAGGGAGUACAUUCUGUGCAAAGAUGACACCGUUAUCCUUGCUUUGUAUGGCCGUGUCCGUCGCUUUAAUAACAGCAGAAUCAACUGUUUAUUUCCGAGAGCAAUUUGAAGACGGUGACAGUUGGAGGAGCCGAUGGGUGGAAUCCAAUCACAAAUCCGACUACGGGAAAUUUGUGCUCACUGCAGGCAAAUAUUAUGGCGAUGCCGACAAAGAUAAGGGUCUUCAGACCAGCCAGGACGCCCAUUUUUAUGCGCUGUCAUCUCGAUUUGAGGAUUUCAGCAACAUGGACCAGUCCCUUGUGAUUCAGUUCACUGUAAAACACGAGCAGAGCAUUGACUGUGGCGGUGGAUACAUCAAGCUUUUCCCAUCAGACCUAAAGCAGGAAGACAUGAAUGGAGACUCUGUAUAUAAUAUCAUGUUUGGUCCUGACAUUUGCGGCCCUGGCACCAAGAAAGUGCAUGUCAUUUUCAAUUACAAGGGCAAAAAUCAUUUGAUCAACAAAGACAUCAGAUGCAAGGAUGAUGAAUACACCCACCUGUAUACUUUAAUUGUCAAUCCUGACAACACUUAUGAAGUCAAGAUUGACAAUAAGAAAGUAGAAUCUGGAUCUCUGGAAGAGGAUUGGGACUUCCUGCCCCCUAAAAAGAUAAAGGAUCCUGAAGCGAAAAAGCCCGCGGAUUGGGAUGAGAGGGAGAAGAUUGCCGACCCUGAUGACAAGAAACCAGAGGACUGGGACAAACCCGAGAACAUCCCUGAUCCUGAUGCCAAGAAACCCGACGACUGGGAUGAUGAGAUGGAUGGGGAAUGGGAACCACCCAUGGUCACAAAUCCUGAAUACAAUGGUGAGUGGAAACCCAGGCAAAUCGACAAUCCUGCUUACAAGGGGAAAUGGGUACACCCUGAGAUUGAUAACCCCGAGUACACACCUGACAACGAAAUCUAUAAAUAUAAUAGCAUUGGAGUAAUUGGACUGGACCUUUGGCAGGUUAAGUCUGGCACAAUUUUCGACAGCUUUCUCAUUACCAAUGACCCAAAGCUGGCAGAAGAAGUUGGCUAUGAAACCUGGGGUGUCACAAAGGACACAGAGAAGAAAAUGAAGGAAAGUCAAGAAGAGGAUGAGAGAAAGAAGCGUGAGGAAGAGGAAGAGACCAGAAAGGAAGAUGCAAAGGACGAAGAGCAAGAUGAGGAAAAGGAAGAAGAUGAAGAAGAAGAGGAGGAGGAGCAAGAAGAAGAGGAAGAAGAAGAGGAGGAGGAAAAUGAAACGGACUCUAAACUCAAAGACGAGUUGUAGAUUUAAAUAAACUUGUGAAGAAAUGCCUCAUAUCUUAUGACUGAUGAGGUACAAGGCAGAGAGUUGGACUAAUGCUGGACGUUCUCUUCAGUUGGGUGUCAGAUUAUUCUGACAGUAUUUUUUUGUCCAUUCCCACUACUCCGAACCUAUUUAUAGAUUUCAUGAUUUUCAUUUGCAUCAUGUCAAGCAUUUUUAAUAAGUGAGAAUUGAAAGAUCAAUUCUCAAGUCUGUAAUGAGAAGCAAGAUCCAUAAACGUUUGAAUUACAGAGAUGCUAUCCAGUACAAAUUGGUAAUUUAAGCAAUUUGCUACAUGGAACUUGAAUCACAGCAGCCAUCAACCUGGUAGCUAAAGUUCUCAGACACUAUGAAUACCUCAAAGAAUAUUUUCUUUCAUUUUGUUAGCAGUGUGGAGCGAUUUAGAGGUAACCUUCUUUUUGAACUUGACACCAUUUUGUUCCCAGUUCGUUCCUGUUAGAGAAUAUUGUUUGAGUUUCAUAGAGUGGGUUCAGAUAUCUGUUAUUUCUCAUCUAUAGCAUUUUGGGCUUCAAAAUGUGUGUGUGUGUGUGUGUGAGUGUGUGUUGGGGUAGAAAGAGUCUUUGCUGUGUGUUUUGUCCUAACCCAAACCUCAAGUUCAUGACAUUCAUACUUGUAUGUUUUCCUGUAAGCACUGAGGAUCUCACAAGCUUUGCUGUUGGCACUAGUUUUGGUCAUGCCCUGGACUGUAAGCAAGCUAUUACAGAGCGAUUCAUUUAAUUAAAUGUAAAAUUAGUAUGUUUGACAAACUGAAUGUUUGACUUAACCAUUAACUAGUAACAUGAAACAACAGUAGUAUUAAAUAGCCACAAAUAUAUAUGAGGGUUUUAAGCGUUUGCUUUGGUUCCUAAAUUCUACACAUUUUGCUCUAAAUGAUAUAGCAAAAUAAUGAUUGGGGCCAGACUGAACCUGUUGAGUGAAAAAUAAUGAAAGCUUGUGAGAUUUCAAAGGUUUUACCAGGAAAGGUGUCAUCCCAUGGCAAACAAACACGUCUGGUCUCAGAGAUUUCACAGCCAUUGUGAAUAUUGCACUGCUGAACUGCUUUCAACCAUACGUUUUCCUUAGCAAAAUAGAUUGUGACCUUUUUUUAAAGAUAUAUUUUGUACUUUUUGUUUAAUGGAUGUGUUCCUUGACUUAUUAAAUGAAGUGAAAAGCUCUGGAAGAUGUUGUCGGAUAAUAAAACUACAAAAAUAGUAAAAUA